UUCCUCCGCGUCCGAAACUCACACGUCGCUCAACUAUCCGACGACAAUCCUCGACGUUUGGAACAAUCGAGUUUAGUGAUCGAUCAGUGGGCGGCGAUGGCAGUCGUGCGGCUUCUGUUUGGUGUAAUUUCUUUCUUAUUUGGGAUUCUAGCUCACUCGGCUGCGAGUGAAGUUUCUGAUCGAGUGCUUUCUGCUGACGUUAUCAGGCAUGUCAGAGUUGACACAACUGAAACAUUGAGAGCGUCGUACAUAGCAAACUUGAGCGAUUCUCGGGCGGAUACUUGCGUUAGAGCCGUCGGAUCGACGGAUGAUGAAACGCACAUGAGCAUCGGUAUCGUUUUCGUUGGUUGUCUGGAUGUCUCUAGAGUUAGAGUCGAAGUGAAGAGCGAUGAUCAGAAAGAGUUGGAGAAGGUAAAAGUCGAGAUGCGCAAACUGUGCGGCCAUUCGUCGAAUAUUCAGAAUUGUAGUCGGGACGGAACGGUUUCUGAAGGAUUUCUUGACUACACGUGCGGAUUAUCUUGCAAGAGAGUGACAGUGUUGAUACCGAUUGGUGUAACCGUUUGUCGGCUGACUGUCUACAGAAAGCCGGCAAUUUUGCAGUUAUGUGAACCUAUGAUUAUGGACAGAAUGUUGACUUCUCUGAAGUUUCAGAUAAAUUGUUCGCAUACCGUUGGGCCUCCUCCAUCCAGCUGUCAGGGUGUUCUUUAUAAAGUUUCAUAUCGUCUUAGUGGCAGCAAGCAGAAGUUUGAUAUACAACAAGUAUCACAGUUGACAUUUGAACUUAGUGGUCUGACUGCUUACCAAGAAUACGAGAUAAGAAUGCUUGCAGUUUACAAGGAACACUGCCUUGCCAUCAAGCCAAUGGAGUGGUCUGGUACUAUCAGAUCAGGAUAUUCACCUCCUCCUCGGCCUGAAGAUGUGCAAAUAGGUGAUGUUACUGACACGACUGCUAGUGUGAGCUGGAAGCAGCCUCAACAUCCUCAAGGUAUCAAAGUUAGAAACGAGAUCAGAUUUACGGAUAAGAGCAGUAUGUUGAGAGAUAUAACACAUGGUUGGUCUACAAAGCGAUCUGCACGUUUAAACAAUCUUGUACCACUGACAAACUAUGCAAUAUUGAUAAUUGCUAUCAAUGACGAUCAACUCCAAGCAGGAGGCCCAGAAGUAAAAAACGUGAAUAUGGCUAUGAGUAACGCUAUACAAAUUUCGACUACUGGUUCAGCUCCAACCAUUAUGGUAGGCUCUGUAAAAGCAAGGUCUGCAGUUGUGACGUGGGAUGUUUCAAAAGAGUUACAGUCUCGUAACGUUAUGUAUAUUGUGGAACUCUUUGAGGUGGGCAAGAACAACGUCCUCAUACAAGAAGAUAGUGUGACAAAGAAAACAACCACUCUAGAGGAUCUCAAACCUUACACGAUGUAUCAUGUAGAAGUUUGGGCUAAAGUGGACUCAUUGAUGACAGAGAAAAGUUCAGAAACAUUUACAACUGCUGAAGCUGCUCCAAGUCCACCACAAGAUGUGAGAGCCAGAAAUGUGGGCUCUCGGACAGCGACUGUUUCUUGGUCUCCACCACAUGACAGAAAUGGUCAAUUGAUGGAGUACAGAGUGCGUAUUGUGCCUGGUGUUAGUCAAUGGAAGACAGUUUCUAAGUCAACAUUGUCUUAUCAUGCUAAUGGACUACUUCCCAACACUUUUUACCGGGCGUAUGUUGUUGCAAUCAAUAACAGGAGCAGAGAGUUGAUUAGUGAGUUUGCAACGACUACGUUUACAACGAAUACGGAAGCUUCUUCUCCUCCACAAAACUUUUCUUAUUUUAAUUUAACAUUUAGUUCAGUUGUGAUCACAUGGCACAAGCCACUCAUACUUCACGGAACCGUUUCUAGAUAUAAUGUUUCCUUCUUUGUGUCUGGCCACAAAGUUCGAAGGUUUUCUACAAAGAAAGUGUCUCAAUAUGUAGAUCGUCUAAAGGCAUACACUCAUUACAGAGUGCAUGUUCGAGCUGGUACAUUGAUGAACAGUUCACCGAGUAAGUUGUUGUGGAGUGAUCCAGCAAUUGUGAACAUCACCACCAAACAGACUUCUCCAUCUCAGCCUCGUGAAUUACAAGCACCACGUUCUGGCAUAACAUCACGGUCAUUGCAACUUCAAUGGAAGAAGCCAGAUCCAUCAAACGGAAACAUCCAGUUCUACAGAGUUUAUCUUUGGGAAAAGCUGAAACCGUCUACUUCUUCGACGAUCACACGAGAAAUACCAACACCAGACGAUUCUCUAUCAACUAAUGUCACACGUCUGUCACCUUCCACUGCAUACUGGGUAUCCAUAGCUGCAGUCAACGUGGAAGAUGGAAACGAACUCGUUGGGGAACAAACGUCACAUAAAGAUAUUAAAGUCAAAACAUUAGAUGAAGCUCCUACUAAACCCUCCAAUUGCACCAUACUUGAUCAUAACGAUACAACACUUCGUGUGAGUUGGAUGCGUCCACAUCCUGGCGACUACAGAGUUGUAUCAUAUAACCUUACAUACUUAGAACUUUCACGUAUGAUCAGUGUUUCAAGAUUGGUGUAUACAAUUGGUGGUUGGAUUGUCGGUCUACGACCGUAUACCGAAUAUGGUAUCAGAAUCACAGCAAUCACUAACAACAGUGCAGUACACGUCGGACCUCCUUGCUCUCUAACUACAAAAACAAAAAUUGGAUCUCUCCCUACACCCAAUAAACUUCAAUUGGCCACCAACGAUAUCACUCAUGAUGAAUCAUCGUAUAGUAUCAUUCUUCCUGAUAUGAAUGUCAGAGAUGUCCCUCUUCAUUCUGUGGAGGUUGUCGUCGUUGAGAUUGGACCAACGUCUUUAUGGUUUGAAAAUGUGACGUUGCCAAGUCGUAAGGAUAACCGUGUAGUUGACAUGUAUGUGGCAAGAGUGAUGGAACCUGACACGGGAGACGAUCGUGUUGUUAUUGGAACGGGGAUCGGCAAUGAUCGGUUAUUGAAACCGAGCACGAAGUAUGCAGUGUACAUUCGCUUUGUUUCAUUCGAGGACGAUGGAAAAAAAUUGACGUCCGUCAGUUUGCCACUAAUUUUGACAACGAACGCUCUCGCUAAGAAAUCGUCGUCUUCAUCCGGUGUCGCCGUGUGGGUUCCAGCUGUAGUUGCCAUCAUCGUCUCAUUGUCACUCAUUGUAGUGAUCGUUAUGCUAAUAGUGGCAAAACGCAGCAAGACGUCGAAAUCGAGUGACGAGUGUACAAAUGAGGCGACACAAGAGUCAGGCUGUGCUCAGAAUGGAGACUCUACUGUAAAGAAAGUACCGGUUGCGAUUCAGAACGAGGAAGAGUACGAGUCUCCUGUGUAUGCGGUCGCAACAGUCGUCAGUAAAGACAACUCAGACGGUGUAAUCAAAGAGUUUGAGCAACAUGUUAACAGCUUGAAGGCAGAUUACAACGAGGGAUUUAUCGAUGAAUUUGAGAGUUUGACGGAUGUCGGUACCGAUCAGAGCUCAUCAUUCGGUCGUAACCGUGACAACAAAAAGAAGAACCGAUAUCAGAACAUUGUUCCAUAUGAUGGUAAGUGUGUGAUGCUGGAGGAAUUGGCAGGGAUGAGCAUACUGGAGACAGAAUACAUAAAUGCAACUUGCAUAGAUGGUUUUGAGCAGGAUGAUGCCUACAUUGUGGCACAAGGUCCAUUGCCGGCGACUUGCCAUGACUUCUGGCGUAUGGUGUGGUUGAGAGAGCCUUCGGCCAUUGUGAUGCUGACUCGAACGGUUGAGAAUGGAAAGAACAAAUGCAAGCAAUAUUGGCUUGAUAAUGACCCAGUGCAGUACGACGGUCUCACAAUUGAAGUCGAAUCCAUUACAGACUUAGCUGACUAUACAGUCAGGCUGAUAAAGAUGACUUUGUUGGACGAGGAGCGAAGCAUAAAACAUUAUCACUUCAAGAGCUGGCCUGAUCAUGGUGUUCCCAGAUACGCGACCGAUUUGUUGGGACUUCUCUAUCGAGUGCGACGAGACACAAGGGGGUCGCCAUCUCCUCUGCUUGUACACUGCAGUGCUGGUGUUGGUCGGUCGGGAACGUACGUGACGAUCGAUUUUAUAGUUGAUUGCUUGAAGUCAAAGCCAGCACAGAAGAUCGACGUCUGCAAGGUUGUUACAGACUUGAGGAUGAGCCGCAUGGAAAUGGUGCAGAGUGUGUUGCAAUAUAUUCUUAUCCACGAAGCCGUCCUAGAGGCGUACUUUACUCGAAAUAGUGAAAUGUUGGCAUCGGAAUUCUGUAAAGUGUAUGCAAGGAUCGCGGCGUUGCAGUCGGGACACCAAAGUGUCAGUGAGGAGUACGACGCAUUGGUACAACUUAGUCCGUCUCCUGAUAAGUCGGCUUAUACGUCCGCUCUGUUGCCGACGGUGUUGAGAAGGAAGAAUCGAACGUCACAGUUUCUUCCUCCUGAUUCGGUUCGUGUCAUGUUGCAUGUUGAUGAUGACUCACCUGAUGCAGACUACGUGAACACAGAGGAAGGAGCAGACUACAUCAAUGCGAGUUACGUGAAUAGUUAUUCUGCUCGUAAAGCAUUUGUCGUCACUCAAGCUCCUCUUCCCUCAACAAUGAUCGACAUGUGGAAGAUGGUCUCCGAACAGAACGUGACCGCGAUUGUCAAUCUUGCACAAAACGACGAACACGACAUCUAUUGGCCUGAGUCAGGAUCAUCUACAUAUGGGCAUUUGAAAGUUGAAAUGACAUCCGUAGAGGCGAAAAAUGCAUUUUCAGUGUACAGACUUCACUUGACAAAGAACACAACCGAGCACGACAUGGUUCUCUUUCACUACACAGAUUGGCCGUCAAAUGGCUCACCUUCGAAUGUCAAAGGUCUGUUUGAAAUGAUGAGCGAGCUUGAUCAAUGGCAGAAACGACACAGUGGAUGUCGCGUUGUCGUCCACUGCUGCACCGGGAUGGGACGUUCGGGUGUUUUCUGUGCGGCGUACAACGUGCUGGAGCAAGUGCAGAAUGAGGGUGUGGUCAACAUACUUCAUGUUGCCAAAUUCCUUUGCAACCAGCGGCCAGGGAUAAUCCAGACACUGGAGCAUUAUCGCUCAAUCUACAGUAUCAUCGAUCACUACUUGCAGUCGGAUAUGGUCUACUCUAAUGUGAAGUGAGAUUUUGUGAUGGAGGUUGACGAUGAUGAUAACGAUGGCAACAGUUGCUACUCGAUCUGAUGGACAUCUUUUGUAUAACCACGUUAAGUGAGUCGUAAUGGAUUUGUAGUUUUGUUUUCGACCUCUGGAGACUGGCUCGUGCUUCGUAAGCAAAGAAAUAGUUUAGUAUCAUUUUAAUUAAUUAAUUAAUUAAUUAAGCAAGUUUUAAUGUAAUGUUUGUAAGCAUGUUUGGAUAUUCUACACUUGUUGUAGGCUUUCUAUUGAAAUACAAUUUGGCUAUGAGCUCAA